AUGGCUAUAUUCACCGUUUCAGCUUUGGCUUUGGCUGGGUACAGUCUUGCUGUUUAUGUCUUCUACACACUCUAUCAAGUACUAGCUUCUCCCCUACGUUCCGUCCCGGGACCAUUCUUGGCUCGAUUCACCAAUUUAUGGUAUUUGUAUCAUCUAUACAGGGGCGACUUUCAAGUUGUCAACCAAAAUCUACACAAGAAAUAUGGUGCAAUCGUACGUUAUGGUCCGAAUCGGUACAGUUUCAACUCCCUAGACGCCGGUAAAGCUAUAUACUGGCACGGGACGUCAUUCGAAAAGUCGGCAUGGUACGAAGCUUGGAAGAAUCCUAAGCAGUGGACACUUUUUGCCGAUCGGAAUAUCCGUAGGCACGCGGCGAACCGACGGAUGUAUCAAAACACAUACAGCAUGAGUUCAUUGAUAAAUUACGAGCCACACGUCGAUGAGUGUGCCGACCUCUUCUGCACCAGGCUCAAUGAGCUGGCCGAGACUGGUUUGACUAUGAACAUGGGACAUUGGCUUCAGUGCUAUGCGUUCGAUGUGAUUGGCGCCAUCACUUAUUCGAAGCGGCUUGGAUUCUUGGACCAUGGACUCGAUGUGGGCAAUGCGAUUAGCGCACUGGAGGGAUUUCUCGGCUAUGCCACGUUGACUGGUGUCUACGCGUCAAUACACCCGUACCUUUUCGCCAUCAGGAACUAUCUCGCGGGGUCCAAAGGUACAGGGCGGGCAUACAUACAGGCCUUUACAAAGGAAUGCAUGGAUAAGCACCAGGCCAACGCCAAGGUCCUGAGCAAAGAUGGGAAAUCCAGCUCCGGCGACGCAGCCAGCGAAGAGGGCAUCGAUGCAGCAACCGACUUCUUGACAAAAUUCGCCCUUUCUCAUACCAAGAAUCCCGACAGCUUUACAGUAUACCACAUUGCAGCAGGGUGCGAUCAAAACAUGGCUGCAGGCUCCGACACGACAGCCAUUUCGCUUUCGGCAAUUGUGUACUAUUUGCUCAAAAAUCCAGCCUGCCUGCAAAAACUUCGUGAAGAGAUCAAUGAGCUACGAACCGCGGGCACGAUAUCAAGCAAUAAAAUAACCUUCAAGGAGAGCCAAGAUAUGCCCUAUCUCCAGGCAGUUAUGAAGGAGGCACUUCGAAUGCACCCUGCCUUGGGCUUGCCUUUGGAGAGGGUCGUCCCAGAAGGUGGCGCAGUCAUUGGCGGGAGACUGUUCCCGGAAAAUUCAAUUGUCGGGAUCAACACUUGGGUGGAGCAUCGGAAUCCAAUCGUCUUUGGGACGGAUGCUGAUGAAUUCCGACCGGAACGUUGGUUUACAGAUGAUGCUGCCAAGCUUGCCUCUAUGAACAGCCAUUGGGUUCCGUUCGGCCUUGGGUCGAGGACUUGUAUUGGCCGCCAUAUUUCAAUGUUGGAAAUGUCGAAGCUUAUUCCACGCCUGGUUCGUGAUUAUGAUUUUGAGCUUGCCCAAGAGCUGUCGGGCACCUCUUCUACUUGGUCGACUCGGAAUUACUGGUUCGUGAAGCCCACCAACUUUUCGGUCAAGGUCACAAUGCGCGAAAAAUAA